CGCUUAUGGACGAACUGUUUGAAAGAAAUAUGGCGAACAGCUCGUACACACGAAAGCAACUUCUCCAGUAAGCAGGUUGUUUUGUUGAGGUUUUGAAUCAGUAUCCAAAUAUUUAACUGUAAUAUCAGCGGUUAUUGAUAGCCCAGUUUCACAAGAUAGUCCUUGCUUAGACAAAGUGGCACGACAAAGUCAUUUCCUGGACACAAGGUUAGCCAAAUUUCUUGGGUGAAGAGAUUGGUCGUUGAGGGAUGGCUGUCAAACCAGUAGAGAAUCUUAAGGGUUUCACGUCCUCGAGGCCGCCUUUGGUUGUCUUCACAAUUUGCAUACUCCUCUUUGCCAUUGUUCUCCUCUCACUUGAAUCUUACAUCAAGAGGAAUGAUGUGCCUGAUUAUGACAUUGACUAUGACUGGAACACAUUAAUGCAGGGAUUCAGCAAGCUGGAAUUCUGCCUCCUUUCCAAUGAGACACAGCCUGAGUUAGUUACCAUGACAACCACAAGUUCCUCGCUCAAUACAACAUCAACCCCUGCUGCUACCACAUCACUCUAUGAUGAAAUUGAUGGUUUCUCAACUCAGAAUACUUCACUGUCUAUAAGUGUGUCAUUUAGAGCGCACACGAGCAGCCGCAGCAAACUUCACCAUGGCUCAACACAUCUCUACAGCAAAUUUACGACAGAAAAACUUGGAAUUAAAGACGGUAAGGAGCAAGUAUAUGUCACUCUUGAGUUGAAUGAACCCCUCAAGCCACUUGUCUGCCAAGAUACUGGAUGUACCAGUGAGAUUUUGACUGCUUGUCUUAAUAUUCGAGGACCUCCAUAUGUAUUCCCUAAAACAAGACAUCCAGGAAUUUGCAACGCAUCAGAAACAGCAAAGCCAGAGAAAGUGACCAAGAUGCAAGUGAAACCAAGCAAAGUUGAUCCAGUACAAUGGUGCAGUGAUGGGACCGUUGCCAAACCUGAUCAUCAAUUUGACCCUAAACUUACAGUCAUGCUGAGUUCGGCUCAGCGCUCUCUUAUCAACAUGCACCUGAUGUAUACAAGUUACUUCCUCUUUGUGAUGCUCAUUACAUGCGUGUGUUAUGCAUUGGUCAAAGGGCCCCCAUACAAGUCAAGAACAAUCACCCACCCAAGCAUUGCACAUCCUAGUGAUAAAAAGCAAUCUGCACCAAUUUGAUGGUCCAUUACUUCUACCAAAAUAUUGUGUACAUAUUCAUCUAGAGCUAUUGUAAAUAUUUCUUAAUAAAGAGUUAUUUGUUAUAUAUGUAUGACUAUGUCAUAAUUAUUUUCAAAUGGAAUAUACUCCAUUUUAUUUGUGUUCUCUAUCAUUUUGUGUCAAUGGAUUUGAAGUGAAUGAUUACCAGGAUUGAGCCAAAGCAAUAUCUUGACUGCAUUGGCCUGUGUCACAUGUGAAAAGUCUAUGGGAGAAGUGUUUCCUUAGUGGCAUAUUGGUCAUUGGAAUGCCUGGACUCAUCCCUGAUGAUUGCAUGACCUUAUCCAACCAAGAGACUGACAUUUGCUGGCUGGUAUGAAGACUACUGGAUGAUGAACCUAAGGUACUCCAGUAAAGAUGUGCAUUAUCUUUUUGAAAUUACACUUAAGUCCUUGUUUUUGUCAUAACCAGUUAGAUAACAUUCAUUUUCUGCCUCAACAGACUUAUAAUUAGGCAUCCAAAUAUCAGCCCUUAACAUAUUUCUGAAUUGAUUUGAACGUACGCUGAUCUCUCCAUUAGUUCUGGUGCAGAAUUCUCACAUUGGACAUUAUUACGUAUCAUUUCUAAUCAUGCUGAUCAGUGAUGAAAGGAAGUGGUUAAUAUUUUUUAAUGAAAUUUUGAGGUUUUUCCAGUAAAGGCUAGGACGAAUUACAUAUAGAAGUUGCCGUUUAUUGUGAUGAAAUAUACAUAGUAGUGUGCUUAAGUCAAGCUAUCCCUAAAGUAACAGCAAAUUUGAAUACCAGAUUAUGUGAAACUUUAUGUCUUGUACCUUUACUUCUGUAUAAGUGGCUCAGAAGAGUAAAUUUUAAUACAUGUAUUAUAUCAUCAGUUUCUAUUGUGUAGUGCAGGGGUUCUCAUUAGUUUUAUUGAAGUUCCCAAUUUCCUAUUAUUUGAAAGUAGCAUCAGUUUCAAGGGUUUUCUAAGGGUUGAACCCCACCCCCUUGAAUAAUUGUGAAAAUAUGAGACCAAAAUUGCUACUAGUAGUAGUACUUCACACAAGUUGUAUAUUCCGCUAAUUGAGAAUCCCUGGGUAGUUAAGUGUGGGAUUACUCAGAGAUAUCCAUAAUCUCUUUUUUUUGUUGGACAUGCAAAUUGUGUUUCUAGCACAAAUUUCAUAAAUGUAUUAUUAUUUCUACUGUUACUGAUUAGAAUCAAAUGAUUUCAUGUUGCCAAUAUUUCCAUUAAAACAAACAGGGAGUAAAAAAAAUACAUAUUAAAACGAAAAAUGCGAUUUCAGAUAUCUCUAGUAUAUUUUAACAGAAUCUUCUGUCUGAUAAAAUUAGCAGUUGAGGGCCUUAUUUUUUGUAAAUUAGAGUAUAUCUUUGAUUUCAUACAUAGAUUUGCAUAAUUGAUUAGUUAUAAAUGAUAUUUUCAGAGAAUUUGUUUUAACAGUUUUAUAGAUACAGCCAUAGGGUCACAUGCAUGCUGAUUUUCAUCGCAAGUGACGGCAGAGAUCAUGGGGGGGGGGUCGUAAUGGGCAUCAAAAUAGCCCAGUCUUUUUAGGGUGUAUAGGCACCAUAACAAAAUGUCAGAGCUGGGUGUCUUUAUUUCCAUCAGAAUCCAUAAAUUUUCUAUUAAUCACUAAUUCUCUGAAUUCAUCUUAGACAAAACCAUUAGGGAUGUGGAAAGCUGCUGUGUAAAACACUUGGCACCUUUAGAGUGGGAUUCCUAAGCCUUAAGGUGUCUUAAUAAUCCAAAUGUGAUAUUCUAUUUCUGUGUUGUGCAUAAGAUUUGUAUUUCAUUUACAGUUGAUGUCAGUGUAAAUUAUGGUAUAUAUUUGAAUAGUAUAACAAAAACACAUUAAUUGGUUUCUUUAACCAUUGUGGCAAUAGCAUCUCCAUAAACCAAGAGCUCAUGUGUUUGACUUUGAAAUGCAUUAACUGAAACUCGUGAUAUGGAAUUUGCCAGAACUCUUUUUUUUUUGUUCUUAUUUUCGAGGGUAGUAGGAAAGGUCGUUUGCUACUCAAGAUGUUCAUGUGCAUUAACCGUAUAAGUCUUAAUUACUUCUCAUUUAAACCUCUGGAUUAAAAUAAAGAAAUAAUAAAUUGAAUAGACAUAAAAAAUAGAAACCUAAUUAACCUCAUAUUGGGUGGUUGAGGAAGGGUUUACAUAUCUUUGGUCAAAUUUAUAGCACCUUCAUUCAAGCUUAUUAGAUUGUCAUUUUUUGCUUUCCUACACAAUAUGCCUCCCAAUAUUUGUUGUGGUAACAUGUACCUCCAAAAGUUGUCAUCUCUAAAUUGUAUGAAUGUGAUGUCUUUAACUGUUUUGGUGUGGACGAUAUGAUGAAAUGUGCUCCACCGAUGUAUUUAGUACAAUGAAAUUUAUUUUGGUCAUGAUAAAUUGAAUGCAUAAUUGUUUAUUAUCGGAUUCAUGUACCUUUCCCCUUAUCAUGGGCUGGGCUGAAAAAAAUUAGGAUACCAACUUUUGUGUUUAGCUUUAUGAGAAAAGAUUCAUUGUUAACUACACUAGUAUUGUUCGAUUGUCAGAUGACAACUCAUAAUUCAAAUUAUUGAACCUUUACCACAUUAUUAGACUAAGUUGACGGAAUAUUAUUUACCAUUGUACAUUUAUGUCAAGUUGUAGUAAAGCUUAAUUAUAAUUUUUUUGCUCUUUAGAAAUUUCAUCUCAUAUUUGUUGCAAUAAGAUUUGUUCAAGAAAUGUGCCUGAUAUUUUUCUUAGUGUAAGAAUAUUAAAAUUUCUUUUAUUGGUUUUAUUUAAGUGUGAAUGAGUGUCAAUCCUUGCAAAUACCAGGACCAUUUAGACUCAAAUGUUUUUAGCACUACAAAAUUAUUUAUAACAGUUUUUUUUUCUCCCUACCAAUCCUUGUUUUUACAAUGGUCUUUAUUUUAUAGUGAUAAAAUAACAUAUGUAUUAAAGAGAAGCCAUCAUUGAGACUGGCUGAAAAUAAACAUUCCAAUUCAGGCUGUUAAAAGUUAGAUGCCCGAUACGUUUUUCUUCAUCAGUACAUGUCCAUUUCUUAAAAGUUUGUGCAUUUUAUUAUAUGAAAGAUUAAUCAAGACGAUUGUACAGAAUUCAUUGCAUAUUUCGUAUGUUGCAUAUUAUAUAUUUCAUGUUCUUUCAAUAAAUUAUGUGGUGAUUGAUUAGCCUGUGAAUGUAAAUGAAAUUUUAUGAAUGUAAUAAAAAUCUUGUGGGAAAUAU